AUGGUUGCGAAGUGCGUUAUCCUUUUCGCUUUGUUGGCUGCCGCCAGCGCAACUGACUUUACCAGCUUUUCUUAUGGAGUAGCUGACCCCUACACCGGUGACUUCAAGCACCAGUUCGAGACCCGGAACGGAGAAAGGGUACAUGGCCAGUACUCCCUUUUGGAAUCAGACGGUACCCAGCGGACAGUGGACUACGCUGCUGGUGCUGAGGGCUUCAACGCCCUUGUAAGGAAGGACCCCGCUGUCAUCGCUGCUCCCGUUGCCCCAGUCGCCCCUAUUGCCCCCAUUGCUGCCCCUAUCGCUGCCCCUAUCGCUGCCCCUCUGGCUUUCCGCUCCUACGCUCCUUACGCUCCAUACGCAUACGCCCGGUACGGUGCCUACGGAUACGCUGCCCCCAUUUACUAA